AUGGACUUACUUACGCUCCUGUUUUUGUCGCUGGGUUUAUCCUGCCAUUGCAUCAUAUACUCCCGAUCCUGCUCCCUUUUAAACUUUAGCAAUAUCAAUACCACAGAAAUCACAGUCAGAGAUUCCAACCAUACUAGGUACCAAGAACAUGAAUAUACACCAAAAAGCGGCGUACUUAUUUUUAAAGUAACAGAUGGGUUUGGUGUUGUGUGGGAGGAUAAGCAAAAACUGACCAACUGUAUAGGUGCAACGACACUUACCAAAAACCACCUAAUUCAGUUGAUACACCUUAGGAUAAAAAGAUCUUCUAAAAUAGUCGAGGAUAAGUUUUACAAGAGAUUAGAGUCUAAAUUUGUGAAUAUAUCCGAUAAAGAGUACGGAAUCCUCAAAUUGGACACUGAUCAGCUCACUGACAAUUCCAUCUACUUUGAUAUUAACUCUAAGGAAAUAGAUGAGCAUUUGUUUAAAAAUACAAUCAGGCCCUUUGACGGGGUUCCGACACUCCUUUUACAGCCUCUUCCCUCUUAUAGAUUGGUCGCAAUUUAUGAUGAUUUUAGGACAGUGUGGUCCAAAAAAUCUACUCAAGUAUUUGUAGAAAAGCUAAUCGCAUACUACUUUUUCACAAAGUAUUAUUUAGUCAUGUUAAAUGUAAAUGUGAAAGAAGAGAGUAAAUAUCUUUGUUUUAUGUUUAAAGAUGGUAAUUGGUUGGAAGUUGAGUAUUAUACAUUUAUGAAUAAGUUCUUGAGACUAAAAUCACACAUACCAAUCACAGGCCACCUUUCAUUUGACAUUUUGAAUCUUCCCGAUGACCAGGAAUACUCCAUAGAAAAGGACGAAAAAUACAGCAUUGAAUUGGCUACGUAUUAUCCUAGGCGCGGAUUUGUUCUAAACAGUGUUCUAAAAGGUGAACACAUAAUUUGGGAAUCAGCCACUGAACGUUGUGUUUCCAUAAGACUAGUUAAAAAGAAAGGCACUGUUUACGGUAUAAAUUUAUCGCUAAAUGAUGAUCGUGAGAACCACACAACUUUGAAUUUUAUUUUCGAUGAUUAUGUAUUCAAAAACGUUACAGAUGAAGAGUUUAAAGAGUUUGGAAAGAAACUCGUAGACCCGUCAGAUUACCAAAAAUAUCGGGAAGAACAUGCUAAAAACGAGCCUCCAAAAACUCGGGAAGAGUCUGAAGUCAUUGUUGAAGAGCCUGAAGGAGAUCAAGAAGAACAAACUCAAGCCGAAGCUCAAGAGACCCAUAUUCCUGAAGAAACAGAGGCUUUCCAAAAAACAGAAAUGCCUGAGGAAUCCUAUAUUCCUAAGGAAACCACAACGCCACAAGGAUCUCCUCGGAGAAGAGAACCACCUGAGUCUAAUGAUCGUGAAGAUUCUACAGAGUCCAAUUUACAUGAAGAAGACACAAGCUUUGGAGAUUCUGAGCCACAGCUUUUGGAUAUAAGCAGUUACAACUCUAGAGUAUUCAUGAGGAACAGCUUUAAUAUGGACAAUGUAGACACUUUUGAGUUCUUACCCAUGCCCAAAGUGAAAGUUAGCUCAAUUAUUGAUGGUUCUAUUGUUAUUUGGGAGAAUUUCAAACAAAGCCAUUCAUUCAGCAAGUUGUUUGUUCAUCAUAGAAAUGAUCUUUCACAAUUGCUCAAGUUGGUUACUUUUGUAAAGUCGGGUGAAGUAUAUACUUAUUUUAAGAGACACAAUGCAGGUUUUUUAACUAUUCCAGUUUCUGAUUACGAGUCAUUCUUCGAAAAAAUGGGAAACUCAAUCAAUCUUCUUGACAAUUCAAUACUUUUAAAUCUUUCAACUACUCCUCAAGAAAAGUAUUUUGAUUAUUACAACGAGUAUGAUGACGGAGUUAAUAUUUCAAAACUCAUAACUAGAUCCACGUUCAAACUUUCAAAAAUAAUAGACGGGCAGCAUGUUCUAUGGCACUCAGCAAACAAUGAAUCGUGUUCUAGCGUUAGUAGAAACAGAUUUUACAAAAACUCUGAACUUUUGGUACUGAACUUCUCUGGAUUAUUCAAUUUCUCUACUAAGUUUUUUAAAAAAACAGAUGAGGGAUAUUCAGAGAUUGACCAAAGUACCUACAAUUCAGAUUACAAAUCCUUUAAAGAUUUAAUUCCAUUCAUUUCAAACGUUAGUCUUAAUAUCAACUCAACUCCAGGAGAGGUUAAUUUUCUUUAUAACGAAUCUGUUGAGGGUAAAUUUACUCAUGGGAAAUAUUACCCUAAAUCGGGUUAUGUUUUAAAUAAGGUUAGCUCGGGAUCCAAUGUUCUAUGGACCUCGACCAAGAACCGGUGCAAGCAAGUUUCCGUUUUAUCCGGACCUAACUCUAAGAAGCUGGUUAGGCUCUUGUUUUCAAAUUCCACUCUUCCCGAAUUAUACUUUAACCUUGUGAAUGGCAAAUUUGUAAAAUUGAGAAAUUUUAUUGAAUUUGACUUUACAUUGAAGGAAUAUAACAAGCCUGAAUCUGACGUAGAUCCUUGUGCAUUUUGCAAAUCUCAACUGGAAAGAGAGUUUCUUCUGACUCCUGAUGUUCAUAAAAUUUAUUUAAACACAAAUAUCGAUGCUAGUAAUACCUACACUUGUUUUGAAUCUGAUUUAGUCAUGAAUAAAAUAUUUGUUCCCAAAGACGGUAAUGUUUUCACCAAUAUCACUGAUGGGAAUGUCAUUUUAUUUAAUUCUAAAUCCGAUUUUAAUCUUUGCGUUUACAUUCAAGUUUUUUACGGUAAUGGCAGCCCUAGACUCGCCAAAUUACGCACUCUGCCCAUAGAAACUUCAACAAAAGGUUCAUUAUCUUAUUUGGAAGUUUGUGACGUAGUAAAAAAUAUAAGUCCUGAUGAAUUUAAAGUGAAGCUUACUGAGUUAACUAACGAGCUAAACUUAUUAAACCAGGCUCAAAACAAGAUCCCACUAAACAUAUCUUUAUCAAGUACAGAAUAUACCGAGAGGGAUGAUAGGUUCAGAGGACUCAAUUAUAAAGAAUUCAGGGCAAAGGAGGGUUAUUUUUUCAGCAAAAUUAUUUUUUCAAACGAUUUAGUAUAUUCUCUUGAUUCCGAUGAGGAUUGCAUUUCAGUUCGUAUUUACUUUUUUUUCGAUUUUCCUUAUUUGGUUGAGUUAGAGUUUGCUCUGGUGGACUCAAAAAAUACUAAGCUUUAUUUAUACAGAUAUUCCAAUGAUUUUACCAGUUUGGAUCUUGAGCAUUUUAACAAUUUACUCAGAUCGAUUUCUGAUUUUGUUUCAAAAUGUGUAAUUUUGGAAUUGGGUGAUUUUAACUCUACAAGUCGAUUCGAAAUGCCUGACCCUGAAACAAAUUCUGACUGUAAACUGAAUCACAAAUUAUUCUCUUCUUCGUACAUAUACUUUACUGCGAUUAAUUCGAGGGAUUUGUUAGUUUGGAGCGUUACUUCUGAUUUGUUUUUUGCAAAAGACGUAAAGGUACACUAUCUUAACAACAGUCCAUAUUUAAUUAAAAUACUACUUCAAAACCUAGACAAGGAUGAGACUAACCUUUUUUACGAGUUCCAUAAAAAUGCUUGGAGAAAUAUUAAUUACACUGAAUACACCAAUAAACUCAACAAACAUUCAAGAUCCGGAGAGGAUGAGUCCAAAGGAGCUCCUGGUGUCUUUGAUCUCUUUGACGUUGAUAUAACUAAGAAUAUCAACCCAGAUCAUGUUUCAUACGUUUCAUCUAAGGCUAAUGGUGUAAUUUUUGUUGAAGCUUCUUUGAAAGACGAUGCAGACGGUAUUAGGUCUGUUUCUAACAAUGGUAAAUUAAUGUGGAAAUCAUCAACUCAGGAUAGUGUUUGUAAGAACUGUUUUGUUUAUUAUUUCGAUGGCAUACCCCAAUUGUUAAAAUUGGUAUUAUUAUCAGAAUCAGAUACUGAAUGUUUCAUUUAUAAGCAUGUAUCCAAUGGAUACUGGGUUGAAAUCGACGAUGAUAUUUUCACAAGAAAACUGGCUUCUUUUGAGUACUUAUCAAAGGUUAAUGUUGAUCCUGAACCCACUCAAAAAGUUGUUUUCAAAUUGGAUACAAGUAAUAUUGACAAAUCUCGUGUGAGAUUUACUCAACAUCAGUUGAAAAAUUUGCCUUAUAAUCAAUACAAACCCAUCGGUAAAGGCUCUUUUUCUGAGGUUAUUGAUGGUUCUUCAAUUUGGAAGUCUGAAUCUGAUUUUGAGUGUAAUUUAGUGAGAAUUUACCUUUCUAAAAACUCACCUGUCCUUUGUAAAUUAUUUUUAUCUAAUGAUUUGGGUGUUGACAAAUAUUUGUAUUUUAGUCACGCUGGUGGGAAUUGGAACAAAAUGUCCUCUAGUGAUUUUGAAUCAGAAUUAGAAGAUUUAACUCGGGAUUCUGAAUUUGAAAAGACUUCAGAUUCAGCUUCCGCUUCAUCAGUGGCAGAAGAAUUCGAUCAUUCUUCCGUUCAAGAUGAAACCCCAGUUGACCAUAUUGAAACAAUUAAACAAGAACAUGUCGGUCCAGUGGGCGGUUCUCCUGGUCAAGCUGAUGAUAGUAAAACAAUUAAUGAGGAAUAUAUAGACCAACUAGAUAGAGAUUUUAGUUUAUUUGAAGAUUCUGAAACCAUUAGGCCUGAACGUGUUGAUCCAGUAGGUAGAGCUCCUAAUUUGUUUGGACAACAAUCAGAGCCAGAGCCCGAUGAAAUUCUGGUUGAAAAUGUUGAAACAAUUAAACAAGAACGUGCUGAAAAAGUUGGUAAAUCUCCCAUUCCGUCUGGAGUUGAUGAAACAAUUAAACAAGAACGUGCUGAUCCAGUAGGUAGGGAUUUCAAUUCAUUUGACGAUAGCGAGAUAAUCAUGGAAGAAGUUAUUGAUCAACUUGAUAGGGAUUUCAGUUCAUUUGAUCAGCAAUCUGACGAAGAAUCUGAUUUAGAAGAAAUUUUUGCCGAAGAUUACGAAACAAUUAAAAAAACAAGUGUCGACUCAGUUCGUACAGCUCCCAGUCCAUCUGAAGAUGUUGGGACAUCUGAACACGAACCUGUUGGAGACGACCACCCUAUUCAACAAGAAUAUAUCAUUCGUACGAUUGAUCUUAACUCAUUGGAUUCUGAUUUAUGCACUUUCGUGAAUGGCACUCAUUUCAACACGCCAUAUACUUUAAUAAACGUCAAACCCAAAGUUUUAAUUAAAGAAAUUAUGGACAAUGACUCCGUCGUCUGGUCUAAUUCUGGUGAAAAACAUUGUAUUCGUGCUAAGAUUUACCGUUUUAAGGAGACUGGAGUUUUGGGCCAGUUAGUUAUAAAAUCCAAAGCCUCGAAGUUGGUUUUUGUUAAAAGGGUUGCAGAUUCUUGGCAGGUAGUUGAUGAGGAUGAUUUUAACGAAAAUUAUGGUGAUCUUUUAAAUAAAUGCAGUAGUUCCUAA